AUGUAUCCAGGACAGUUUAAUUUGCAUACUACAGACAAAAAUGCAAUGAUUAUUCCACCCUCAAAUGAUUUUUAUCAUCAACCUUAUAUAUUGAAAUUAAGAAAUUAAUCAGUCUUUUUAGACUAAAUCUAAGGAAAAGAACCUUCAAAUGAUAGUUAUCUCUUAUAAAAUAGUGAGUAACUAAUAUAGUAAUAUUUAGACGAUCUUAAUAUUAAAUAAUAUAAUCGAAAAUGCAGGAAUUAGAGAACUUGAGUUUAAAGUAACAUUAAGAAUUUUUGAGUAGAGAAAUUCAAUAAUAAUAAAAAGAAUUAUCUAAACUUUGGAAAUUCUGCUAAAAUCAUUUGCUACCCCCAGUUACUAAACCAAAACAAUCUGCAUUAACUGAUUAAGAAUUUUAAGAUCCUUAAUAUUAAAACGGAUUUGAAACAAAAAGAGCUUAAUCUUUUGAAUAUUAGUAUCCUUUUAAAUAUGAUAAUUAAUCUGACUCUAUAUCUUAUAAGAAUACCAAUAGAAAUUAAAAGUAAAUUAGAAUAAGAUAGAAAAAUUCUAGAGAAUUUUAAAAUUAAUAAGAAGAAUUUUCAUACUUACAAUUACCUUAUACCAAAAAAAAUCCUACAUUCAGAGAAAAUAAACUUAAAUAUAGAAAGAAAAGAUCUCAUCUCAAAAUAUCUCGAUUAAAAGUCUAUUUUUUAUUUAUCUUAGCUUAUAUUAGAUGGACAAAAAAUUAUAGGUAUAAUUAUAUCUAUAGAAAGGUAAAAAAGAAAUCAAAAAAUUUAAUUAUUGAAGUAAAUGCGAUAGAAGUAUACAAUAUGUCUUGAAAAAAUAGCCAAUUAAAAUGUACUGGUUUGCAAAUUAAUAAUUAAACAAUGGAUAUCUAAAAUUAUAGACCCAUUAUUCAAAUCAUUUUCGUCUAAUUAAUUUAUACAACAAUCAAAUGAAAAUUCAGAUAAUCCCAAUAGUCCCAGUUCUAUUUAGAAUAGACAACAUUAAUUUAUUUAAUUAACAAAUUAAGUUAUGAAAAAUAUGGAAAAAAUUACAGAAAAAGAUUAAAUUCCAGAAAUAAUUUAAACUUCUUUAUUUUUAUCAUUAUUUAAAAGUUAAAAUAAUAAAGCUCCUAUAUUUGUAUCAAAAAGAACUAAAUACUAUACAAAAAAUACUAUUAAAAUUGGAAACUAUUAAGAAAAAUUGAUUAUAAGUGAAUAUUUCAUUUUCAGGUUGCUAGCAUAACAUUUGAUAGACAGCUCAAAUCAUAUAGUUUAUCAAAAUAUUAAUCACAAAAUGCUUUGUAAGUUUAUAAUUCUAGCUAUUUUGGGGAUAUUAUAAAUAAUAUUUUAAGAUUAUUUUUCUGAAUUAAAAUAAUAUGAUGAACCUUCAACUUAAUUAUUUUAAAGAAGAAUAAAAAUAAGUAAAUCAUAGGAUAUCUCUAUAAUAACUGAUGAUAAUAUUGAUCAACAAUAAUCCCUUAUUUAUGGGCUUCAUGAUAGAUAAAAUUUUCAAAACAUAAUAGAAAAAAAUUAAGAAUGGCUUUUAGAAAUUUAUACAAAAUUUUCUAAAAUCCUAAGUAAUCUACAUUCUAUUUUAUGA